GUCUUGUGACUUGGACAGGAGAAGAAAGGCGGCUGCAAGUCUGGAAAAGAAAGAAGGGCUGCUUAGUACCUACAACAACUCUAGCCUUCCGUUCAAACUAGGUACCUAGAAUGCUCUUUCUUGGAAAGUUGCACGUUGAGCAGGCACUGCUGUCAUUGGCAUCAGGCUGAUCUUUUUUCGGCUGGAAUUGACGGCUUUAAUUGGGAGAGCGUUUUGCACCAGACUCUUUCUAAGUUCUUGAAGCUACUGGUUGGGCACCAGGAUUGCAGCUUUCAAAACCUCGAAGAUGGAUCGCGCUCUGCUUCGCCAGAAGGUCUUGCUUGAUCAUCUGCGGCCUGCAGCUGGACAGGGGACCUCGAUCACUGGCGAAGCCUGCGCAACAAGAGCUGGAGAUUCUGGCGACGAUGUCGUUGUUGUUGCGGCUUACCGAACCCCAAUGUGCAAAGCAAAGAGGGGCGGUCUGAAGGACACCCUGCCUGAUGAUAUCCUGGCGCCUGUCUUGAAAGCUGUUGUGGAGAGGACUGGCGUCAACCCCAAGGACAUUGGUGACAUCGUCGUUGGCAGUGUUCUAGCCCCCGGGGCGCAGCGUGCCAAUGAGUGCAGGAUGGCAGCGUUCUUUGCUGGCUUUCCAGAGACGGUUCCCGUGAGGACUGUGAACAGACAAUGUUCAUCAGGACUUCAGGCAGUGGCUGAUGUGGCAGCUGCAAUCAAAGCCGGAUUUUAUGAUAUUGGCAUUGGCGCCGGAAUCGAGGCCAUGUCUGUGAACCCCAUGGCAUGGGAGGGGAGUGUAAACCCGCAGGUGGAGCAGAACCUGAAGGCUAGAGACUGUCUCCUGCCUAUGGGUGUGACUUCUGAAAACGUGGCUGAGCGGUACGGCAUCACCAGAGCAGACCAAGACCAGAUGGCCGCUCGUUCUCAUGCUCGCGCGGUGGCAGCUUGGAAGUCCGGCAGAUUUGUGGACGAGGUUAUUCCGGUGGCGACGAAGAUCGUCGACCCGAAGACCGGUGACGAGAAGCCCGUCACCAUCUCACGGGACGACGGCAUGCGGGAGGGCGUCACCCCCGCCAGUCUGGCCAAGCUGAAGGCCGUGUUCAAAAAGGACGGAUCCACAACCGCCGGCAACUCGAGCCAGAUCACCGACGGCGCGGCGGCAGUUCUGCUGAUGAAGCGGUCGGAGGCGCACCGCAGAGGAUUGCCGAUCCUGGGGACGUUCAGGACUUUCGCCGCUGUCGGAGUUGACCCUGCUGUGAUGGGUGUCGGUCCCGCCGUCGCUAUCCCUGCCGCUGUCGAAGCCGCGGGCCUCGAGAUCCGCGACAUUGACCUGUUUGAGCUGAACGAGGCCUUCGCUAGCCAAGCCACGUACUGCUGCCGCAAGCUCCACUUGGACGAGGAGAAGGUAAACGUGAACGGAGGAGCCAUUGCUCUCGGUCACCCUCUGGGCUGCACUGGCGCCCGCUGCGUCGCGACCCUUUUGCACGAGAUGAAGAAGAGAGGCAAGGGCUGCCGUUACGGAGUGGUGUCCAUGUGCAUCGGAUCCGGAAUGGGGGCUGCUGCGGUGUUUGAGCAGAGCGAUUAAACGAAGAUUGGCCUUCGAGUCUGCAAUGCAUAGCUGAGGUGUACCAAAGGGUUUGUUAUAGAUAGAUAGCACACUUGCGCUGACGAUUCACGUGACGACGAGGUGCAUGUACUACAACGAUUGGAGAGGAAAUGUCGACAAACUCUCUCCCCAAGUAACGACUAGAUUGUAGGAAGUUGAAAUUACGAGCAUAGGUAGAGAUUGUUCGAUUCUCGAGCCUGUUUUAUGUUAAUCAUUCGAAAGGCUUAUUCGCGUUUCGAAAGGCUUAUUCGCAUUUCAUUGCCAGCCGCGGU